UUUGGUUGCGUGUUUUAGUUUGUUUCUGUGCUAGUCCUUUUAACAAGUAUUCUGUUUGUUCGUGUCCGUUUUGUUUCAUUUAUUAAUUGUCCUCCUUUCUCCCUGAGCUUGUGUCCUGUCUCCAUCCGACAUCAUGACAGAUAUGUGCAUGUUAAUUGGUAAUACUGUAACAGUCGGGACAGAAAGAUUCGUUAUUUCUACAGAACGAAAAAGAUCCGGAUCGGUAAGAAUUAAGUUGCUUAGGGACUGUCAAAGCAAAUCAAUCUGUUAUCAAUUUCAAAGUGGGAUUGUGGUGAUCAACUGAAUGAGUUGUCAAGCGAAAUGACAGAAUCGGGUUCCGGUUCUUUAUCAGCACCCCUAAAAGGCAUACUGAAGAAAGGAGGUUCCUCUGAUGAACCGGAGUCUUCAACCCACAGGCCUGACUGUCCGUUACGCUGCCAGUCCUCCCCAAUGCCUCUAAAUCAGCUGGACAGCCAGCUAGGCCUUGGAUCCAGCCCUGCACCCCCACCCAGCCCAAACAUGCCCGUCACAGGGAUCCUCAGGAUAAGCACCAGCUCGAGGGCGACAGACACACAGGGAGAUCGGAACCAUUCUAAGUUUCGGAAGAGACCAAGAUGGGAUGAGGACAACAUCCUUGCUACUAGCUGUCACUCCUGGCUGUUGCCUGUGUCAGGGAGUAUGAAGGUCAAACCCUGGGCUCACUUGUGCAGUAUCACCAUGCAGGAUGAGGGUGCAAGCACCAGUACAUCAGGAGAACAUGCAACAUGUUUCUGCAUGACUAAGAGGAAGAAGACCCAGAGUUGGGAUGAGAACAGUAUAAUAGCCACUCAGCCUCCAUACCCAGUUGACCCUUGGACGAAGACAGAUGAUGGAUUCACAGCCUCUAUAGCUUGGCAGUACCUGUCCCUCAGGGAUGAUACUGGACCAGGCCACAGCAGUACAAGCACCUCUUACAGCCAGCCUCCCUGCUCCCAGCUGAAAUUAGGGAAUAACUUAUCAGCCUCAUAUCAGAUUGCUAAUGAGUACAAACUGGAUCCGUCUAUGGAUAAUUCCCAACACGGGUUGAUGGGCAUACCAGAGCAGGCAAUAGGGACCAACGCUAUUGCUGCAGAAAAGAGUGCCGACGUAGAUUACUUUGUGAUGCCCAGCUUUGAGGCACUAAGAAAAGCCCACUUUAGAGAGGGCAGAGAGGUCCUCCUGGCCUAUAAAUCCACGAUGAAAGAUGAUGAUGAGGAUAUGAAUAACAUGUCCCCAAAGCUAAACUAUUACAGCUGCAUCUACAGUGGCAGAGGAAACGCAGCGCCCGUGAGCAGGCAGACAGAGACGAGUUCCUUAAAAAUGGAGGAGAAGAAGGCCUAUCCAUCAGAUAUGAGAUAUGAGAUGUGAGUAGAUGAAAGGUCUACGAGCACCAAGCCUCAUCUGCGGAGUAAUGGUCUACCAACAUGUUACAGCAUUAGAAUAGUAAGAAAUACACUUCUAAAAAUAUUAUCUUCCAGUACUGUUGUCCUUUUUAUAUUAAGCUCCCUGUCAAUGUUUUUGGUUUGCAUCUAAAAUGGCUCCGUACAACCUAUUUUCAAAGCUGAAUCCAAUGUCUCCUAGAUAACAUAAUGACCUCAGUGUUUUAACCUAUAUAAAAUGUAAUUAUUAGUAAUUUUUUAACCUGUUAUUUAUUCUCCCCUCC